AUGGUGAACUACUUGAACAGAUUUUCUCCAAUCUUAUCCCAGAUAUCAUUGCUUUUGCGACAGAUGACGAAAAAAGAUGUACCAUUUAUGUGGCAACCAGAGCAGCAACAAGCUUUUCAAGAGUUGAAGGAAGUAGUUACAGAAGCUCCAGUUCUAUCCUAUUACAAUCCUGAGAAGGAAAAUUUGAUCCAGUCAGAUGCAAGUUUAAAAGGCAUUGGGUGUGUGUUGAUGCAAGAUUACCAAGCCAGUAUGCUAUGCAAGUCGGUCACUGAGCGAAACCGAGUCAUGGUACAGCAAUAUUGAGCGAGAACUGUUGGCUGCCUGCUGGUCCCUGGAGAAAUUUAAUCAUUACGUAUUUGGCAAGAAGGUGGUAAUCGAGACAGACCACAAACCGUUAGAAAGCAUAUGGAAGAAGAAUUACUAGUGCAUCUCCUCGCCUACAGAAACUUCUCCUGAGAAUGUCGAAGUAUGAUGUUGAUCUAUGAUAUAUCGAGGGCAAGAAGAAUGUAAUCGCUGACGCCUUGUCCCGAGUCAUCUGCAUGGAGCCACCUGUAGAUGCAAAUGAAGUGCCGUUGAUAGAAAUCAAUGAAAUUUCCAGUACAUUACCAGCAAAUCCAACAAAACUGGACGAAAUACGGGAGAAAACAAGACAAGAUGCUACCUUGGAUCACUUGAAAGAAGUUGUAGAUCACGGAUGA